GUCACCUCGUGAUCUCCCCGACUCUCUAUAAAUUCAUUCGCCCUGCCACCCUCUACACCCAUCGACUCGACCACUCGAGCUCAGCUCAUCUCAUCCUAUCUCAGCUCAGCUCAGCUCAUCGAUCACUCACUCACCAGGAAAUCCUCGGCGCAUUCUUCUCAGAGGUCGAGCGAAGAUGGAGAGGUCUGCAGCAGCGAAGGUCUUGGGGCUGGUGAUUGCGCUGCUGUGCGUGGUGGAUCUGGGGCAGGUCGCAGGGCGGAAGGCCGCCGAGGAGAUCGUUCUGUACGUGCACGAGAGCAGGGUCCCCCCGGAGCCGACGCUGGUGACGGUGGUGACGGCGACGGGCAAUCUGAGCCAGAUCGGGUUCGGGACCAUGCAGGUGUUCAGCAACGUGCUCAAGGACGGCGCGAGUCCGUCGUCGGCCACCAUCGGCGUGGAGCCGGGCUUCGUGACUAUCGGCAAGCAGAACAUCUUCAUCAGCUACACCUUCACCCUCAGCACGCCGUCCUACAACGGCACGCUCGCCGUCCAGGGCGCCUUCGCCCUCAACGUCUGGCCGCGAGAAUUCGCCGUCGUCGGCGGCACCGGCAAAUUCCGCUUCGCCAACGGCUACGACGUCAGCGAGAUCGUCGACGACUCCAACCCCGCCAACUACGUCACCGUCCACAGGAUCUUCCUCAAGUACCUUUGAGGACGACGACGACGAUCGGUGACUCUGAUCUGCUCCCCUUUGCGCUGGGCGAUUCGACGCAUUCGGGUUUUCGUUUAGGAACAUAAGAUUAGAAGAUUGCGGAGGGGCGAGCCAUUCGAGGCUCUGCCCUCUCCGGAGAAAGGUUAUCGAUUUUUGGGAAGAUAUUGUGGUCGGCCAGCUAAGCUGAAGCCGAAAUAAAGCGCAGUGGCAUGCGACAGUCGCUGCUGGUUGCUGCGUUGAAACUCACUCUGUGUUCGUGAUGAAAGUAAAGAAAAGACGGGAUUCGAAGAAAAUGUGAUCGGUGUG